CGCGCGGCGCCGGCAGUUCGGCGGCUUCCUUCUGGCGGCUUCCUUCUGGCGGUUUGGGUGCGGCCAUGGAAGGCGAGCCGCCCCCGAUGGAGGAACGGCGGCGGCUGCAGCAGGAGCUUAACGAGUUCGUGGAGAGCUGCUGCCGGACGCUGGAGGAGGUGACGGCGUCCCUGGGCUGGAGCCUGGAUCGGCUGGACCCCGGGGAGGAGGCGGCAGAGGAUGAAAUUGUGAUAUGUCCCUAUGAUUCCAAUCAUCACAUGCCUAAAUCAUCUUUAGCAAAGCACAUGGUGUCUUGUAGAUUGAGGAAACUGGGCUAUACCAAAGAGGAAGAGGAUCAAAUGUAUAAUUCUGAUUUUUUCUAUGAGAAUGUGAAGGUACCUUCAAUUACUUUGAAUAAGGACUCACAAUUCCAGAUAAUUAAACAAGCUAGAACUGCUGUUGGAAAAGAUGGUGAUUGUUAUAAUCAAAGGAUUUAUUCUUCAUUACCUGUUGAAGUUCCUCUGAAUCACAAACGGUGUGUUUGUGAUCUCACCCAAGCUGAUCGUCUUGCCCUCUAUGAUUUUGUAAUGGAGGAGACGAAGAAAAAGCGCUCUGAUUCACAAAUUAUUGAAAAUGACAGUGAUCUCUUUGUGGACUUGGCUGCCAAAGUCAAUCAAGAUAAUAGUCGAAAGAGUCCAAAAUCUUACCUUGAAAUCCUGGCAGAAGUGAGAGAUUAUAAACGAAGACGCCAGUCCUAUAGAGCUAAGAAUGUUCACAUAACCAAGAAAUCUUAUACUGAGGUGAUUCGGGAUGUCAUAAAUGUGCACAUGGAAGAACUCAGUAGUCAUUGGCAAGAAGAGCAGGAAAGAGCAGAGGAUGAUGCUGAAAAGAAUGAAGAGAGGCGAUCAGCUUCACUAGAUUCGCGGCAGUCUGCUGGAAGUUAUUUGGAUGCUGAGUAUUCACGACAUAGGAAGGAUCGGAGUAGGAGUCCACAUAAACGAAAAAGAAAUAAAGAUAAGGAUAAAAACUGGGACUCGAGAAGAAGGAAAGACAGGGAUGGGGAAAGACAUCAUAGUCAUAAAAGGAGAAAGCAAAAAAUAUAAAUGAGGUAUUUGUGCAUGUAUUAAUUAUGCUUAUGCCAUGAUAACCAGUAUGACAACAUUUUAAUUAGAAUUGCUUUGAGUAGGAGAAUGUUUAUAUGAUUUGUUUAGUGCUCAGAUCAUUAAUUUUCAGUAAGUGCUUAUAUUUCAAACCAUGACUACACUAUUAUGUCCUAUAACUUUGUUUUACUUAUAUUUUAAUAGAUGAUUGCUUCCUAUUACAGAUUUUGUUUCAUCCUUUGUGAUAAUUUAUGUAUCAGAAAAUUCUUUAAUUAAAGUCAGUACUUAAACUGUAUAAAUAACACAUGAAUACAUUUUCAUUUUAAAAAAUUAAACCUUACAGCUAAGGUUAAUGUCUCCUUGGAACACAACCUAUAAUCCCUGUGGCCACCUCAGUAACUACUACUUACACUACACUGGUGAAAUGUAAUAGGGAAAAACAACCUAAAUAUCUGUGAGAAGGGGAAUGGCCUGGUUAAAUAAAAUAUAGUAUAGUCUGAUAGAUUACUAUACUGGAUUUAAAAGAAAUAAACUUUAUAUUAAUAUGGAUAGAUCUCAGAAACAUAAUGCUAAGUGAAAAUAGUAAACUGCAGAAAGAUAUAUACAAGUUAUAUUUAUGUACAAUAUAAUACUGUACAUUUUCUGUGACCUUAUAUGUAUGUAAAUAUAUUUUUAAAGAUUCAGAAGUACCCAUACCAAACUUAAAAGAGUAAUUAUUUGGGGGAGGAGGUAUAGGUGGGAGAGAUGAGGAAUGAAAACCAGGAUUGAGAGGGUGGUGAAAGAAAUCUUCAGCUUUAUCCAUAAUACAUUAAUUUUUAAAAGGUAUUCAUCUUUCACUUGUUAAUUAAAAAUAGAUUUUAAUUAAAAUUAAAAAUAUACUGUCAUUUUCUUUUAUGUAAAUCAUCUUUAUUGAGGUACUGUUUAUAUAAAAUAAAAUGCACCCAUUUGAAGUGUAUGUUUCAUUGAAUUUUGACAAACUUAUACCCCAGGCAAUGAAGUCAUCACCUUGAUCAAGAUAGAGAACACUUCCAUCACCCCCCAAAAUUCUCAUAUACCCCUUUUACCAGUCAAUUUCUCUACCCUACCUCUAGGCAACCACAGAUCUCUGCAGAGGAUGUGGGUAUGUUUUUUAAUCGGCAAUAGGAGAAUAGUGCUUAUGCUGAAGUUUAAGAGAGAGGUAUUUGUGAGCAAAAAGAAAUUUAGAAGACUUAAGAAACUUCUCAAAUAUUUAGAUGGUCUUGAUUGCUUUAAUUUACGUGUUGUCGAGGUGGCUGUUGUGCAGAGCCCAGGGUACUGAUUACAAUCAAUAGGAAACUGAAUUUGUCACUCAAAUUUAAUUAGAUCAAUGAUUUACAAGUCUUUUUUUUUUUUUUUCUUACUUUUGAGUAAAGCUGGUUGGAUAAUCUCAAGCCUUUUAGUGAAAGUUGUCAAAUGAUAAAUUUUACAUAAAAUGUUUUAAAUUGGCUUUGAAAAAUAUUUUUUGAUCACCUAUAUAUACUAUGUCGCACAAAAGUAUUGAUACUAUAAAAGUGUGUGUAGGGUCUUUACCUGUCUUUGAGGACACUUUCUUUUUAUGUUUAGUGAGUUCAUAAAGGUCCGAGAGUUCUGUUGUGAAGCUUUGUUGCAUUGAGUAUGAAAAAACAAAAUCUACAUGUAGUUUUUGAGUAUGUUUAUGAUGCUAAUUUCUUUUUAUGUAGCUUGCUUUUGAGUUGUUAUAAUUGAGCCAGCAGGUAUAUUAAUUAUUAAACUAAACCUCACUUAU